ACAACGGCGUUCCGAGGCGGUGCUACAGCCCGUCGUCCUCAGCCGAGUCUGUUCCGGAGUUGUCGGGAGACCUCGGAUGCUUCACGACAGAAACGCGAUUUUAACAUUACAACUGUAGAAAUUGCUUGGUAUUAAUUCUCCGCCACGCCAUCAUUCUGAAGUAUUUCUUUUGACGACAAGCAGUCUUUCCGUUUGUUUGUAUGGCAGUGUGCGUCGCACUAUGCGCACACUGAGUAUAUGACGGUUUUAGUCCUGCGUUAAAAAAAAACUGAUCGGACACUUUACGCCGGAUACAGAAAAAAAAAAUUGUUUUUUUUUUUUUCUUUCUUUAUUUUCCAUAUCUGCGUUCCGGUAUGGCAAGAAUCGCAGCUCACGGCGGCGGACUGGUUAUUUUACUGUGGUUGCUUCUUGUUGUUGGGGGCUCUGUUUCGGCUUGGUUUAGUAACGACAAGUCCCAGAGAGCAAAAAACGAGCAACCUGACAGUGCCACUGGCACAAAGCCCGACACCCAAGACCAGAGCUGUUUUUGCCACCUGACUGGCGUCUUGGAUGACUGUUUCUGCGACAUAGAGAGCAUUGAUGUCUUCAACAACUUCAAGAUUUACCCAAGGAUACAGAAGCUGACGGAGAGAGACUACUUCAGAUACUACAAAGUGAACCUAAAGCGACCCUGUCCAUUCUGGCCAGAUGACAGCCAGUGCUCCAUCAAGGACUGCCAGGUUGAACCCUGUCCUGAGAGCAAGAUUCCAGUGGGAAUUAAAGCAGGCAACUAUAAUAAGUACUCCCAGGCGUCAAACACAAGAUCGGACAUUGAGGAGUGUGAGCACGCACACGAGCUGGGGGCCAUCAACAGCACACUGAGUAACCAGAGCAAGGAAGCGUUUGAAGACUGGGCCCGGCACGACGACGCACAGGACCACUUCUGUGAGCUAGAUGAUGAGACAUCACCAGAUGCGCAAUAUGUGGAUCUGCUCUUGAACCCUGAGCGCUACACCGGCUACAAGGGCCCCUCCGCUUGGCGAGUGUGGAACAGCAUCUAUGAAGAGAACUGCUUCAAACCCAGGUCAGUUUACCGGCCCUUGAACCCACUGGCUCCAAGCAGGGGAGAUGAUGAUGGUGAAGGUUUUUACAACUGGCUGGAGGGAUUGUGCUUGGAGAAGAGAGUCUUCUACAGGCUGAUCUCUGGCCUCCACACCAGCAUCAAUAUUCACCUCUGUGCGCAGUACCUUAUGGAUGAGGGCUGGGGAAAGACCGUGUGGGGUCCCAAUGUGCGUGAGUUCCGGCACCGAUUUGAUCCGGCAGAAACAAAAGGUGAAGGUACCCGGAGACUGAAAAACCUUUACUUCCUAUACCUGAUCGAGCUGCGGGCGUUGUACAAGGUGGCUCCAUACUUUGAACGUUCCAUUGUCGACCUGUAUACUGGCAGCGCCCAGGAGGAUGCCACGACCAAGGACCUGCUGCUUCAGAUCUUCAAUGAGAUCAAAGCCUUCCCAAUGCACUUCGACGAGAAGUCCAUGUUUGCAGGACAUAAGAUGGAGGCCAAAACGUUAAAGGAGGAAUUCCGGCUUCACUUCAAGAACAUCUCCCGCAUAAUGGACUGCGUGGGCUGCAACAAGUGUCGGCUGUGGGGUAAACUACAGACCCAGGGGUUGGGCACAGCCCUGAAAAUUCUCUUCUCAGAGAAGGAGAUCAAGAACCUUCCGGAGAACAGCCCUUCAAAAGGCUUUCAGUUGACACGACAGGAGGUUGUGGCACUGAUGAACGCCUUUGGAAGGCUGUCCACCAGUAUAAAAGAGCUUCACAAUUUCCGAACCCUGCUCAGUGACCAGAGGUAACAAAUAUGGCUGGCCACCAGGUGGCGGCACACGACACCGCAAUAGUCUUAUCCUCCCCAGAAUAAGGCCACCGCUGCAGGGACUACAGGAUCAAUGCCUAAAUACUCAUCCAGGCUGCCCCUUCUUCCCUCUACUGAGCCCUACAACCCCAUGAGAACCCAUAUUACUGUGGAAUAUCACUUGAGGUUUUUACUUUAACUUUUUAGCCGUUUAGUAGGCUCGCUAAUGCCCCUGUGCUUGCUAAUCAUUGUUUGACUCUGUUUUGCACCUUAGAAGUGUGCAGUUCAGAGUCCGGGGCUGUCUCACCCUCUUUAUUCUAUAUUGCUGCCUUGCUCUUCUUUGCAGUUUUCUGCACCAUGCAUUUUUAUGUUUUGUUUUUCCCCCGCAACAGUUGUGUUUGUAUGUGUGUGCAUGUAAAUGGCAGAUUGCAGCUACAAGUAUUUCGUUUAAUUAAUGGGGCUAAAACCAAUGGCAGCAUCAUUUCCCAUAGAAUCAGUUCCUGGCUACUCUCUACAUUCUGUUUAAGUCCUGACAAAAACGUGCUUGUUAUUGUGCUGUUAUGCUGUCUUUUUUUUAGGUUUCCCCCCCCACUGGUAUUUGUUUUUAGCAAUAAGCAUUUAUUAGGUUUUGGUUGUUUACAAUCUGGGACAAGAGGGAGUUUUUGUGAUGAGCUGUCUGACUUAGAAAAUAUUAUAUGUUCUUAGACUGUAAUCAAGAAAUGAGGCAACCCAAACAAGCCUGCUUAUUGAUGUGUUUAAUUUGUGGGAUAGACUCUUUCAUCACUGAUCGCUUCAAUAUUGUGUGGAAGGUAUGGAGGGAUGAAUGUGAUUUAAAGAAGGGAUUCCAAAAUGGAAUCUAAACAUGAAGUAUGUGCUUUCAGAGCAAGUGUAGGAUUUCGUUUCUUUGCGUGAAUAAAUCACAGCUCCGGAAAAUCUCAUGAAGCCGGAAGGAUGGCCAAGGCAGCUGUGGCUGACACUGGAGUAAAGACAUGAACCACGAUUUUUACUAGAGCCGAUAGUUGUACGUGGUUGUGGAAGCACAGCCAUGUGUGGUUUAAGGGCAGCCUUACAACAUCCACCACUGAAACAUCCAGCAAGCUCAGACACUUUCUCUAAAAAGUAAUUGUUUAAAAAGACAGAACCAAAAUCAGUUAUGCACUAAGAGCUUUUUCCACCCAGUUUCAUGGUCUGAAAUGAAGACAUUAACCACUGCAGUAGUUAUUGCUGUAGAUUUGCAAAUUAUAAUUUGUGUACUGCAAAGCGAAUUAGUUUUCAAAUGCCAAAGAAUGACACAAAAAUUAAGGCUUUCACAAUGUAAGGAACACUUUUUUUCUUUCAACUGUCAGAGGAGAAAACUUUAGAAAUACAGCAGCUCUCCAACAAUGCAGUAUGUAUCCCAAUUAAAGCACAUUAUAAGUAUCAGUAUAACAAAAAUUGUAGUUUGCUCAUUAAAAUAUUCAUAAUAGGAAUUUAAACACUUUUGAAUGUAAAUUUGUGUCACUGUGUUCAUGUGGCCGUAGGUCAGAAUAUUCCAUCAUAAGUUGGCUGAGCUUGUCCAUGUAGCUGGUGAAGAUGUCUUUUAUUUUGCUUGGAUGUACAUGGCAUCUGGUUUUUUUGUGUCUCUAUUCCAGUUGAAAAGCAGAAAGGAAUUUCUACACAAAUUUGAAGAAAAAAAAAAAAAAAACUGCUUGGUCUUUAUGCUCCUUUCCACCUUGAAUCUCGUUGAACUUCUCAGUUCCAGCUCAUGUGUGUCCGCAGCUGGGGCAGAAUGGUAGACGUGCUGGAGUGUUUCCGCUGUGCCGCCAACUUGGAACUCUGGGCCAGUUAAGUUAAUGGAGAAAAGGCAAAGGGGUGCAGUGGAGCCUACACUGGUGCAAGUUUUUAUGUAUUAAACAUACAUAACUUGCAUCACUCUAUUCUGACAUGCAUGUCUCUCUACCUCGCUUAGCUACUGAAUGGAAAUGUGAGAGAAGUGCAUUUUUUUUUUGUCAGUACUUCAGCUUUUAAAAUGGCAUUGUUUUGUUGGACUUACCUCAAGACUUGAAAUGUAUAAACUACUUGGAGCUGUGGAUCUUUGCCUUCAUCCUGAGAGGCUGCAGCCUCCUGUGCUGCAUGUGAGGCUUUUGGUUGUAGCAAUGAUUGCCUUAAUUGAACUAAUUCAGUCUUUUUCACAGUACUGUG